GUCGCCUAGCAACCGGGGCUCACCUUUGGAAGCUUGUUGCAGCUCCAGCCAAGGUCCGGCCCUCUUCCCGCCCCUCCCCGCCCCUCAAGUCCCUUCACCCAGGAGCUUCCAAACAUCUGGAUCAGCCUGGGCGCUUCGAGGGGCUGAAUUUCUACCACUAACGCGCCUUUUUACAUUUUUUCCCCCGACCUCCUCCUCACAUCCGUAAAACCCACUGAGUCUUUUACUACACGUUUUAUGAGAACAAGACAUUUUCUAGGAAGAUGGUGGCAGAAAAAGAGACCCUGAGCUUAAACAAAUGCCCAGACAAGCUGCCGAAGAGGACCAAGCUGCUGGCACAACAGCCGCUCCCGGGGCACCAGCCUCACGCCCUGGUUUCCGAGGGCUUCACAGUCAAAGCCAUGAUGAAAAACUCAGUCGUGAGAGGCCCUCCAGCUGCAGGAGCAUUUAAAGAGAGACCAACCAAGCCCACAGCUUUCCGAAAAUUUUACGAGCGGGGGGACUUCCCCAUCGCCCUUGAGCACGAUUCGAAAGGAAACAAAAUAGCGUGGAAGGUAGAAAUCGAGAAGCUGGAUUACCACCAUUAUCUGCCUCUGUUUUUCGACGGGCUCUGUGAAAUGGCGUUUCCCUACGAGUUUUUCGCUCGGCAAGGAAUCCACGACAUGCUGGAGCACGGGGGCAACAAGAUUCUCCCCGUCAUUCCACAGCUCAUCAUCCCGAUAAAAAAUGCUUUGAACCUCCGCAACCGACAGGUCAUCUGCGUCACUCUCAAAGUUCUCCAGCAUCUGGUCGUGUCAGCCGAUAUGGUGGGCGAGGCUUUGGUGCCCUACUACCGACAAAUCCUCCCCAUCCUGAACAUCUUUAAGAAUAUGAAUGUGAACUCCGGCGACGGCAUCGACUACAGCCAGCAGAAGAGGGAGAACAUCGGAGACCUGAUCCAGGAGACGCUGGAGGCCUUCGAGCGCUACGGAGGGGAAGACGCCUUCAUCAACAUCAAGUACAUGGUCCCUACCUACGAGUCGUGCUUGCUGAACUAGCCGUGGGGACCGCUGGGGUUGGAGGGGGCGGCCCUUAGGGUUCUCGGCGGCGGCCUCUGCUGCUAUGAGCGUCUCUUGUUUGUGACUUCCACAGCUUUCUUUCCUACAGCUGCUAAAAUAGUGGCUUCUGGGCCAUUGGACUGUUAGCCCUAUUGAGAGCAAGGCUUUCCAAUACAUAAAUAGCGCCUGUUUCUUAGAUUACAAUAGUGUACUGUGCUUAUUUGUUCCAAGAGAAGAAUUGCUUCUUUAUACGGCUCGGACAGAAUAGGAGUCCGAGUUAAACCUUCGGUUGUAUAGACAAUAAAACUAUGAUUUUCAUACGCAAUUCAGCAAUUGCUGUUCUGUGUCUGCCUGCCCUGAGGGUGAUGUCAGAGGCUGUAAGGGAAGAGUUUAUGCUGACCGCUUAAUAGGUGUUUGUCAUGGGAGACAAACGCCAGUUCAGCAUCACCUCUCGGCAGCUGUGUGGAGCGAUGUGCCUUGACAUUUGAUAAAACUAUGGAGUCU